AUUCAACAACCCAACGAAACGCCCACCUGCGUUUGAUAUUUCUUAGUCAAACGUUUAUGGGGUUUUAAUUUAGCAUAAAUCAGUCAAAACAUGUUCAUCUAUUUUGACUUGGAGCAAUUUUUCAUGUGAUCGCACUAUUAUAAUAGUAGAAUUUUCCCGAAAGAUUUUGUUUUUAGCAUCUUGGUGGGCUGCCUGAAUUAUAGAAAUUUCUGGGUGUUCAUCAAUAUGCAAUUUUGUUUCGCAAUUUUGUUUUAGUUGAUGAAAACUUAAUUUAUUGCCGAAGAAUUGAGGAGGAAAAUACAUUAGAGUCGAGUUUCUUUUGUUUGAUAUAAAUCAUUAAAAAAGGUUCUAUCUUCAAGCUGUUCUUUGUUAUGUUGUUGCUUUUUUGCUAAUCCUUUUAUUCCCCAUUUUGAUCCUUCUUUCAUUCCUGCAGAUUUUGCUGUCGAUUUAUAUCGAGGUUAAGGCUUUGUUGAGCAUGUGGACACUGCAUUUCACCUAAUGGGCUGGUUUAACAAAAUUUUCAAAGGUUCAGAGCAUAAAGUUUCAGAGGGGCAGUAUGAUUGGAGAUAUGGAGCUGUACCAGUGGAUAAUAAUCCAUCUACUUCAUGGGACUCAUGGUCAGAGAUGGAAGACAUAGACCGUGCAAUUGCAUUAUCUCUUUCAGAAGAAGACCCAAGAGGAGCUACUAUUAUUGAUAGUGAACCGCAAUUGGAAGAAGAUGAACUACUUGCUAGGGCUAUCCAGGAGAGCUUGAAUGUCGAUUCUCCAGCACAGCCAGGGAUCCCAAAUGACAGUGGCGUAGGACAUGGAUAUGGGCAUGGAAAUGGGUACGAGCAUGGAAAUGGAAAUGGACAUGGAAUUGGAAUCGGAAAUGGACAUGGACAUGGAAUCGGAAAUGGACAUGGAAAUAUCCAUGGAAAUGGACAUGGACAUGUACAUGGAAAUGAUAGCCUUUACCAACCUAUAUCUUUUCCUCAUUCUUUAAGUCUCAGGAUUUGUGCUGGAUGCAACACGGAGAUUGGCCAUGGAAGAUUUUUGAGUUGCAUGAGUGCUGUUUGGCAUCCGGAAUGUUUUAGAUGCAAUGGAUGCCGCCAACCGAUAUCUGAUUAUGAGUUUUCCAUGUCCGGGAACUAUCCUUAUCACAAAACUUGCUACAAGGAGUCUUACCAUCCAAAAUGCGAUCUCUGCAAUCACUUUAUUCCUACAAAUGCAGCUGGUCUUAUUGAAUAUAGGGCACAUCCUUUUUGGUCACAGAAAUACUGUCCGAGUCAUGAGCAUGAUGGAACUACUCGAUGUUGUAGUUGUGAGCGAAUGGAGUCAUGGGAUGCUAAAUUUGCUGCUCUUAAUGAUGGUCGAAUACUCUGCUUGGAGUGCCUGGACUCCGCAAUAAUGGAUACUGAUGAGUGCCAGCCCCUGUUUCUUGAUAUACUAGAGUUCUACGAAGGGUUAAAUAUGAGAGUGACACAACAGGUACCGUUGCUUUUGGUUGAAAGGCAGGCACUAAAUGAAGCAAUGGAUGGGGAGAGGCAUGGGCAUCACCACAUGCCUGAAACCCGAGGUCUCUGUCUUUCUGAGGAACAGACAGUCAGCACAGUAAUGAGACGCCCAAGGACAGGAGGAAACCGCAUGCUUACUGAGCCUUACAAAUUAACACGCCAUUGUGAAGUGACGGCUAUCCUUAUUUUAUAUGGCCUUCCAAGGUUGCUAACUGGAUCAAUAUUGGCUCACGAGCUGAUGCAUGCCUGGCUGCGACUUAAUGGCUAUCGAACUCUCAGACAAGAUGUUGAAGAAGGUAUCUGUCAGGUCCUUGCCAGUAUGUGGUUGGAGUCCCAGAUUUUAUCCAUGCCCGAUACUAAUAAUGCAUCAACGUCAUCGUCUUCCUCAUCAAGCCUAGGAGCAAGAUCUCCGUUUGAGAAGAAACUCAGUAUCUUCUUUAAACAUCAGAUUGCAACAGAUUCAUCUGUGAUAUACGGAAAUGGUUUUAGAGCUGGAAACGAGGCAGUGCUCAAAUACGGCUUACAAAGGACCUUGGAUCACAUGCGAGAGACAGGAAAUUUUCCUUAUUGAGUUUGGUCCCUAAAAUGGAUAAUUUAUUGAUUGUUCUUUCGUUCUUUUGUGAAAUUAUUGCUUGGCCUUUCGUUGUUAGCAGUAAGGCCUUCCUCUAGGACAUACAUGUCAGUACAGAAGUUUUCAGAAUAGGUUAGAGCGUCAUUCUUAAACCUUGUUUAAUUUAAAGUCCUUACAUUUACUACAAGUACAUUGAAAUUCAUAUUCAUUCUUCUUUUGCUGUGA